AUUAUUCAUGGUUAAAGAUAUGUAUGCAAUGUCUGUGUUGCUUGUUCCAUAUCGAGUCAAACGCGGGUUUGCCAUCAGCUGAUUAAUGUUUACAUCUUUCGGUUCAAAUCGUAUCCUCCGGAAAAUGCUCAGGACACAGUUGCUACAUUUUUGUAAGCGUUCAUUAGCCACAGAGCUGACUCCAAAGCAGAAGGAGUUGAUGGCGCGUGGACUGCCUAAACGAGCGCCUCUACCUGGGGUAACGAACAUUGUGAUGGUAGCCUCUGGCAAAGGUGGUGUAGGUAAAUCCACAGUAGCAGUAAACCUUGCCGUUAGCCUUGCAAAUAUGGGUAAGCGAGUUGGUUUAUUGGAUGCAGAUAUAUUCGGGCCAUCUAUUCCUUUAAUGAUGAAUAUACACGAAGAGCCGCUAAUUGAUGAACAAAACUUAAUGAUACCACCAGUUAAUUACGGUGUGAAAUGCCUGUCAAUGGGAUUGCUUGCCAAACAUACGGAUGCAAUAAUAUGGCGCGGGCCUCUAGUCAUGUCUGCAAUACAACGGCUAUUAAAAGGUGCUGUGUGGGCACCAAUUGAUAUCCUUAUUGUUGAUACGCCGCCUGGUACUGGAGAUGUACAUCUUUCGCUUGCCCAAAAUGUACCGAUUGCAGGUGUUUUAUUGGUUAGUACGCCACAAAAGGCAGCGCUUGAAGUAACGCUACGUGGAGCUCAAAUGUAUCGGAAGUUGGGGGUAUCGACAAUUGGUUUAGUGGAAAACAUGGGUCACGCUUUUUGCGAAAAUUGCCAAACGCGACUAAAGAUUUUCAAAAAUGCAACUGAUACCUUUGCAAAACAAAUGGAUACGAAAAUAUUGGUGUCCAUCCCAUUGGAUGGAAAUAUUAACGAAUGCUGUGAUGAAGGAGUUCCUUCAGUAGUUAAAUAUGCCGAAACCGAAUAUGGUAAAAGCUAUCGGCAAUUAGCGAAAUUUGUAGCAAGAUCAUUAGAAUUAAAUGGAGCGUCAGAGCAGGGAACGAAAUAAAGUACUUAAUAUUUUUGGUUACGUUAUUUAUUAAACUAAAAAAUUAUGUACAUAUAU